AUCCUUCAUUCUCAUUCAAUUGGCACAGCUUUUUUUUUUGGCUUUCUCUCUCUCAAGACAAGUUUUUUGAUCUUUUGUUUUGGAACUCGUGUUAGAAGCAAGCUUUGGUAUCUAAGUUCUUAGUUAUGAUUAUUGAUCAGGAGGAUCCCUGAUUAAGUAUAUAAAAAAUAUUUAUUAUAAUUGUACAACAUCUUCUUGUUGUGCAUCGAAGAUCCUGAGUCAAAAGAAAGAUGUUACUCGCAUUGAAGCAGUUCUUGGCUGUGAAGGUCGUUUCCGGGAGUUCGUUGCUCCUCGCGGGAAAGCAUGCGACUGUUUCGAAGACGAACGGAGAAAAGGUUGCCACCUCUCAAGAGCAAGAAGGGGAAGGCCCUUCAUCUCUGUCAGCACAGUUAAGGUUCCCCGCGUUGCAGCCAGAACGAAUAGGAAUUGAGAGUGCGCAAGAGUUAAAGCGGAAGAUCUUGACUGCACGCGAACGGCUCCAACAUCACAACACAAUAGACGCGACACCAAUAGACGCGGUCGCGGCUUGGGUUUCGCGUAGAUUUACAGACGUUCCUUCCGCGGUUCACGGAGACAAGAAGCUAGAUCGCGAACUGGAAGAGGAAAUCCGGAAUAUGCCUCGAAACGUUUUCAAACAGAGCAGCAUGGAGGGGAGCUGUGGCGCACGAGCUGCGUUCAUCGCUCACCAAUACCUCUCCGGGCAAGUAGAUGAAGUCGAAGAAUUCUACAGGCACGGCUUGGUCAACUUCCUCUCGAACGCGAGUACGUAUCCCUCGCAAGUCUCAAAGUACAGAGGUACAGCUUCCUCGGCUACCUCCACUUCGACAACAACUACAACUUCUUCUUCUCCUUCUCUGUUGAUGCGGAUGAGUCCUGCUCCUUUUUUAGAGUCGUUCCGUUCGUCUUCGACUCCUAAGG